AUGUUAUUGAUUAGGAAAAUUAAUACACAAUUACACAAAAGAGUCCGACAAUUCUUUUAUUAAGAGGAUUCAAUUCAAGUUGAUGAAUUAUAAGUUACCCAAGUUUAAAUUGCAGAAAUGGAAGAAUUUAUAAAUCCUAAUAAGAUUAUCCUUGACUUUUCCAAAAGCUAUUUCUAAUAGAUUAAACAGAACCUUGAAUCAGCAACUACUAAAACUUCCAUAUUCUUUUGUUUUUUAAAUUUAAAGAAAAUAAUUGAAAUUCCUUGCAAUCCUAAUAUUGACAAAAAAUUAAUAGAGUCGGAUGACAUUAUUGUAAAAGAAUCCCUUGAAGUUAUUAAUGAAAUUCAAUUAGAAAAAGAUUGUCUUUAGAACUCUUAAGAAUUUCAUGCUUAUAAUGUCUCUUUUUAAGAUAAAUGUGAAUAUCAGACUUAAUUAUUUGAAGCAAUUCACUUUUUUGUCUCGAUCAUUUAAGAAAAACUAUCCCUAGAUCCUGAUUUCAUAGAAAACAUAUCACUAGCAAAACCUCUGCUUUACGAUGUUACUUAAAUUUAUCUAAUUUACUAUUUGCGUCUUUAUAGAAUUUAUAUUGAAACAAAUUCACAAAAGUUUAUUUUAGAAUAUUAUGAAAAAGGAUAAUCCUUAUUUAAAUUAGCUUGUAGUUAUUUUAAUGAAUAUCAAACUAAAAAUCUAUUUAAUCUGCUUUAUAAUUUUAGAACAGUAUCAAUUUUAGCCAUCAUUCUCUCAAAUAAAUUAUAGUACAUUUAAAAAGUUAUAUAAGAUUUCUUAAACUAUCAUUAUUAGAAUAUAGAAAAUAUGAUAUAACUUUUUAAAUUUGAAUAGGCACUUAAAAGUACAAUUUUUGAUUAUUGUUUAAGUGUUUCUAAUCAAAAUACAUUCUAAUUAUUAUUUUAAGAAAUAUAAAAUUUGGAUUAAAAAUUUUAAAAUAAUUGCUAUAUAUUAGAAUUAAAAUGGUUAUUGUUUUCUAGAUAUCUUUCAUCAGAUUUUCAGGAGGAAUAAUUAAGAUCAUAUAUAUAUAUGAAUAUAAGUAAUCCAAUUUUAUGGAAACAAUAAUUAUUAUAACUUAUUUAUUUGAGCUCAAAAAGAUUUUUAAUUUUUUUUAUCAAUCUAGAAAAAUUUGCAAAUUCUAAUGAAAUUAUAAGAAAUUGGUAAGAAGCAAUUAUUGAUGUAAUUAAAUCUUGUUUUAAGAUUGAACCUAAAUACGAAUUUGAAGAAUAUUCAUUUGAAAAUCUUUUUAAAUUUAUUUUGAAUUCUUUAUAGCAUAUUUUAUAAUAUAAUUUAAAGAAGAAAACAAGUUCAAAUAGAAUUUUAUAAUUAUUGGAAGAAUCUAUUAAUCAUCCCUUAGCUAAAGAAUAAAGAUUUUAAAAAAAAUUAUUAGAUAUUCUCAUCAUUAGUGAUUUAGCUUGUUAUGGUGAUAACAUUGAAAAUUUUAUAUUCAAUUAUGUUUCUCCAUCUUCAUUUACAAUUGAUCCCAUCAAUACAGCAAAAUAUAUUGUGAUCUGUAAUUAAAGUGCUUGCAGGUAGAAAAUAAUAAAUCAUAUUUAUUGUUCCAUUAUAAGAUAUAAAAAAAAGAGUUCUGUAGAUCCAAGAACAGAUUUAAGUCAAAUAGUAUAAUAAUUACAUUAAAUCAUUGUUUAUCUUAAAGAAGAAAAGACAGUUCAUGAAAAUGUUAAAUUUUUAUCUUAAUAAAUAAGAUUUGCUCUAAGAUCAAUACUCACAAUUUUUGUAAUAAAUGGUGAACAACUUUAAUAAGAAAAUAAUGAUUGUUUACUAACAUAAUAUCCUUUAUUAUUUUUAGAAAAAUCAUUUUAAGAAAUUGUUGUAAAUUUUGAUUCUCCUUCAAGAGAUACUUUUGAUAUUUCUUGUGCAUUACAUAUAUCAUAAUAUUUGAUGAAAAUCUUAGAUUUAGUAAAUUCAUUUCAAAAUUGUUAAUUAGAAGAUUUAUAUGACAUUUUUACAUGCUUACUUAAAAUAAUCUAAGCAAUAUAAUAGUUUUUAUUUCUUAAUCAUGAUUUAAUAGCAUUAAAUUAAUUUUUUGAUAAUAUUGAUUUAUCUUUUUAUAAAUUUAUGGUUAAAGUUUUAAUACAUCAUAAAAAUUUAUCAUAGAGACAGUUGAAAUAUGUAAUUGAAAAUAUGAAUAUAUUAAUUUUUGAAGAUCGUUUGAAUAAAAAUAUUAGUAGUAUAACUGAAAAUACAUAAAAAUAUUUAAAUUAUCGUUUGAUUAAAAUAUUUCUAAGUAUCUUUUUUGAAUGUGAAUUUCCAUAUGAAUAUAAUUUAUAAAUUGUUAAUGGAAUAUUUGAACUUGUAAAUUAGAAUAUGUUUUAAUUUUCUUCAAUAGUAAACAAAACUAUAUUACUCUUAGCAAUAGAAAAUAAUUAAUAAGAUACUUAAUUAAGAUAAAAAUUGAUUAAUAUUGUUAAAUUAAGUUUUGAGACUAGCUUCUCAAAUAUAUCAUUAAAAUACUUAUUAAGAUUAUGUUUUGGAGGAUCUAAUAAAUUGUUAAUAUUUCGUAACUAAAUGUCUGAUUUUAAAUAAAGUUAAUAAUUAGCAAAUUCAAUAUUUGAAAAUGAUGGUGAUCUCAUUAAUAUAUUUUUUGAACCAUAACUGAACCUUGUAAAGAAAUAUAAUUUUAAAUAAUGUUUAUCAGAUUUUCUAAAUAUUUUCAAUAAUUUAUUGGAAGUUAAAGAUUCAUACAUAUUUUUUAAAGAUUUUAAUUCUUAUAUUAGUUUUCCAAUUCAAUUUCCUAUACAAAAAGGAUUUACUAUAUAUUUUGAAGUUUAGUUUACAAAUCAAAUACCAUAAGAGAUUAAUGGAUUUUAGGAUUCUUAGGAAAUAAUAUAGUAAGAGAAUCGAUAAUAAUACUAUGAAAUUAUCACUUUAUAUUCAGAAAAGAUUUAAUAAAAAAUUAGUGGAAUUAAUAUUGUAAUAUCUCAAAAAUCUGUUUAAAUUAGAUAAUUUAAAUUUCUAAAUAAACAAGAUAUGUUAGGAACAGUAUUUUAAAAUUACGAAAUAAAUGUGCCUGAAUCUUCAAAAUAUAAUUAUUAAAUUAAUUAUAAUAAUGGAUGUUUUACAGUUUAUGUUAAUGGUCAAUUAUGCAAGAGUGAACAUAAAAAAAUUAUUGAAAUUAAUCAAAUAAUUUAUAUUGAUUUAGGAAAAAGUAUGGAAUCAACAAAUGCUCUAAGCUAUAUUUUUGCAACUUAAUCAUUUGAUUAUGAAACUAAUAUUUUUACAGGUAAAAUGUACAAUUUUAUUUUAACUGAUUUAGUUUAAAAUGGAUCUAUUUUAGAAGAGCAAAAUAAAAAUAAAUACUUAAUUAAAUUUAAUAAAUUUAAAAAAUUUUUAAAUCCAAAUGGAGUAUUUGAUAUGGAUAUGAGUGAUCUCUUUUAAAUCAAUGAUACUAUUUAAAAUAAAGAGAAUAGAUCAUAUUGUUAUAAAGUUAAUUCCAUUUCUUGUAAAUAAAUAUCUAAUGUAUAAGAUAUCUUAAAAAAUAGUAAUAUAUAAUCUCUGAUAUUGCUUGUAUUUCAAGAAAUUUUGGAUUAAAAUAAUUUAUCAGAAUAUGAGAGUUUAAUAUCAAAUUUAUUAGAUAUCUUAUUAAAUAAGAUCAUUUUAUAAGAUGAUGAAACACAGAAAGUAUUUUUUAAAUAGGAAUUUAAUUAUUUUAUUAAAAUACUUAAAUUAUUAACAUAAAAAAUAAAAAUACAAAAAUUAAUAGAAAUUUUAGACAAUUUUAAUUAAAAACUAAGUGAAUCCAAUCAAAAAUAUUAUAUAUAAUUUACCAAUCAAGUUAUUUAUGAUUUUUCAUUAUUUUAAUAAUUUUUGGAUGAUGAAAUCACACUAAACAACUAUUUUUUGGUAAUAUUAUAGAAAUAUUAAAUUCCAUUUUAAAAUGUAAUAGAAUAAAUAAUUAAAAAUACUAACUAAAAAAUUUUAGAAACAAAAACUUAUUUUGAAUUUUUGAAAUCUUACAUAAUUUAACCUUAUUAUAAAAAUAUAAAAAUCAAACAUGAAAAUCUAUUUUAUAAAUUUGUGAAUGAUAUGUAAUUAUUUGCUAAGCUUUUUGAAUAUUAAGAUUUGAGUUCAGAUUAUCUUUAAAUAAUAAAAUUAUAUUUAUAAUUAAUCAAUUAACACUUUUAAUAGGCUUUUAAAACAAACUUAAAUAAAUACUCUUAAAAUACAUUAAUAAUCUAAUAAAAGAAUGAUAUAUUAUAACUAGCAGCAUUAUUAAAUGCAUGUCAAAAGAAAGCAUGCUAAAACAAAAGUAAAAAUUUUGAUGUUAUUAAUUGGAAUUUUAUUAAUUUAUUAAUAAAUAUAGAAGAUCUUCAUAAAGAAAAUUUACAAUAUAAUCCUAUAAUGAUAGAUUCACUUGUACUUGAAAUAUUGUGUAAUAGGGAUAAUCUAAGAAUAGAUUAUGAAACUUAAAACAUUAUAAUAACGAUAAUCUAAGAAAUAGAAAAUAAAAAUUCAUUGUGUGCAAUUAUAAAUCUAAUUGCUUUUCUUUUAAAUAAUAAUGUUCAAAUAUUUGAUAACAAACUUAAACCUACUAUAAUUAAUUAAAUAAGUUUUAAGUUAAUUAAGUAUAUUUAAAAAUUAGAUUUACUUGAAAUCUCAAAUAAUAGUAUGCUAGAAUUAGUUUUUGACUCAUUACACUAUAAAGAUCUUCAAAAUUAAUCUUAAGAAGUUUAUAUGUAAUUACUAAAAUAAAAAAUAAAGAAUUAACAUCUUAAUUAAAUUGAUUUAGGAAGAUUAAUAAAAAUUUAUUCAUAAAUACCUGAUAUAUUUUUCAUUUUAUUAGAUUUUAUUAAGAAUUAAUUACAAAUUCAAAAAAUGCAAAAUUAUGUUAUAAUAUUGGCAAAUCUUAUUAAAAUGUUAAAUAUAAUCAAAAAAGAUUGUUUUGCAAAAGAUUAAUAGUCUGAUUUAAAAAGUUAGUGUUCUUGCUUUUUAAAUUAUUACAUGGAAUUAUUUUAGUCUAAAAAUUUCUUCAAAUUUAAUUUAAAAAAAAAGUAAAAGGAGAAUUUGUAAAAAGAAUAUUAAUUAAUUUGUGGGGGAUUAUUUGGACUAUUUACUGAGAUAUUUCAUAUAGCAAUAUAAAAUUAAUCAUUAGAAUUUGUUAUUGAUAACAUUAUGAAACUAUUAUAUAUAUAUUAAGAAGAGAUGAAUAAAAGAACAGAUGAUUCUUUGGUUUAGGAAUUAUAUAGUUUAUUCAAUUAUAGUUUAGAUAAAAAUGGAAUUAAAUUUCCAAUUAUUGUUAAGAUUUUCAAAAAUAUUAUUGUAAAUGUACCAGAAAGUAAACAAAAAUGUAUAUAAGAAACUAUUAAUUAAAUAGAAUAGUAAUAGGAAAAAUAAUUAAAAGGAAAUGAGAAUAUUAUUAAUGCUAUGUAUGGUGAAUUUAUGAAUUAAAUUUAAAAGAUAGAAGAUGAUUAAGAUUUAUUUUAAUAAAAAUAUGAAGAAUAUAAGAAGAAUAAGUUGGGAUUCAUUUAAUUUAAUUAAUAAAAAAGUAUAUGUUUAAAUUCUACUUGGGAUGGAUCAACAAUUCUUACAAGAAGAAAGGAUGAUGAAGAUUAAUAAAUUGAACAAUAAAUUUAAUUGUAAAAUUCUCAUAUUAAUUUAUAUAUUGAUUUCUAUCUUAGGAAUGAUAGAAAUUCAACUUAAUUAAAAAAAUUUAUUGAGACACUUAAUAAUGACAUUUUAGAAAAUUAAAAUAAUUUAAAAAAAGAUUAUUAAAUUAAAUGGAAACAUUCUAAUCUUGUUGAUUAUGAAAAUAAAAUAAUUUUCAAAAAAUAUAUCUUUUUAAAAAAUUAAAUAGAUAAUUAAAAUUAAGUUAAUCCAUCUAAUCAUUUUUUAGAGUCUUAAAGCAUAAGUAUGACUUAAAAUUUUAAAGAAAAUAUAGAAAUUAAAGGAACUUUAAAAAUUUUAGAAAAUUGUGAGGAAGUAUAAAUAAAAAUUAUUUAAACUGGUAUUGAAUUUUUUGAUCCAUUUAGUAAGGAAGUGAUUGUAGUUACAAAUUAAAAUUGUAAGAUUACUGUUAUGAAAUAUUAAGAUGAAGAGAAAAGUUUUUUAAUAAAAUACUUUGAUUAAUCUUAUCAAAGUAUUUUCUUUCUUAUUAUUAAUGAAGAAAAAGCAUUUAAAUAAUUGAAAAAACAUUUUUCAAAUUUAGAAUUAUUAAGUACAAAAUCAUAAUCCGAAAUUAAGAAAAAUUUAUCUUCAAAAUGGCAAUUAGGAUAAUUUUCAAAUUAUCAAUAUAUAUAUUUAUUAAAUUCACAUUCAGGGAGAAAUUUAUUAGAUAGAAAUAAUUACUUUAUAUUUCCUUGGACAACUGUAUCUUUAAAAAAUUCAUCAAUAAAUAUUAAUCGAGCAUUUAAUUAAAGUAUUUUUCAAUAAAAGGAUACACAAUAUUUAGGAUAUUUUCAUUCAAAUGAAACAUAAUUAAAUUAUUUUUUAUGUUUAGGUUAAGAAGAUUCAGUAAAUCAAACAUAAAUAUCAAAACCUGAUGAUAAUUCUAUAAAUGAAAUGAAACUUGAUAGAAAAAUAAAUUUAAUUAAAUUUAUGGAUGAAUUAUAAAAAUUAGGAGAAUGUAUGCCUGAAUUUUAUUCAAAUCCAUAAUUUUUUUAAGAAUAUUAAUUACCUAAUUGGGUAUUAACCUAAACACCUGAAGAAUUCAUUUAUAUCAUGAGAGCUCAAUUAGAAUCAGAUAUUGUUCAAGGAUUAAUUAGACAUUGGAUUGAUUUAAUAUUUGGAAUUAAUUAAGUAUAAUAAUAAAUUAUUUUAUUUUUAGAAUUAAAUUUUUAUUGAUAGAAAUUCCUCUAGAGCUAAAAUGAAUGGUUGUAAUUAUGGUUAAUCAAUGAAAUAACUAUUUACAGAAAAACAUUUACCUCGAAAAAUAUGUAUUAUAUUUUAUUAAUUAAUAAUAGUUAAUAAUUAUUUUGGAGAUUAACCUAAAAUAAGAAUGACUAUAAAAAGAUUGCUUUAUUAAGGAGAUGAAAAGAUUAUUUCGGCUUAUUAUUAUUCGUGUUAAUAAUUUAUACUCAUUACAGAGAAAGGAACAGCUAUUAUAUUAGAUGUAAAUGGAUAAUUGUUUUAAAAAAUGAGUUUGGAAUCUGAUUGUUUGACAAUUAGAUUAAAAAAAUAAUUAGAAACCAAAUAACCAUUAACUAAUUAAUUAACAUGUUUUAUUGAUUUUGAUAAUUAGAAUUUUACAGAUAAAUAAGAAUCUUAAUAUCAUAUAAUAGAAUCUGAGAAAUUAAGUUUAUUUUAAAGUUAUUCUCUAUUUUUUAUAGUUGGUGGAUAUCCAAAUGGAGAAUUUAGAUCAUAUAAAGGGAAUAGUUUAAAAUAUAAACAAUUUAACACUUUAAAUCAUUCAAAUAUUUAAUGUAUAAGUAUUUGUCAUGCAAGAUGUGUAUUUAUAAUUGGAUAAGAAGAUGGUGGUAUUUCAUUUUGGAAAAUUACUAAAGAAUAUGAGAUUUCAAUUACACCAUUUCUUGUUAUAACAUCUCAUGUUCAUAGUAUAACUAAUAUUGAUUGUUCAACAUCUUAAAUAUUGAGUGUAGAUUUAAUUAAUGAAGUACAUAUUCAUUAUUAUAAUGGUGUAUUACUUAAAAAGAUACAAUUAAAUUGUUAUGGAAGAAUUUUAUAUUGUUAAAUUAGUUACACAAUGAAUUUGUAUAUCUUUUUAAAUAGUUUCAAUAAAAUCAUGGCUUAUAAUUAAGAUGGAUAAAUAUAUAUUCAUCCUAUAGAAAUCCCUUAAAAAAUUAAUAAUUUUAUACCUCUUACUCCAUUUUCAUCAUAAUUCAUAUAUACAACAGAUAGUGGACUUUAUUUUGAUGACAUUUUUAUUAUGAAAAUGAAAUAAGAUGGAGUAAUUAUAGAAAAAACUUAAGAUAAGAAAAUAUAUGAUUAAAAUUUUUCAUUAAUCAAGGCUGUGUAGGGUACUAAAUUGUUACUAAAUGAAAGAAGUGGAAAUAAUAUCACAAGCACUUAAAUAAUAUUUUAAUAGAGUGAGAUUUUUUAAUUAAGAUUUUACACUGUAGGCUGUGAUAAUGGUAACUUUUGGUGUUUAUAUAAUGAAGAGGAAUGUAAUUAUUUAAAAUAUUAUUUUAUAGUACUCUAAUAUCAUGAAAAAAAAUUACAAAGGUCAGGUCUCAAAUGA